GACUCCAGUCUGUCGCACUGUCCCAAAGCCGUAAGUAUGUGAGGCAGCUGCCCGGUCUGAGCGUCUAUCACCUCGACGUGACGGAUGUUGUGACAUGCAAGCUGGCCCACCGCGUCGAAGAAAGUCCUUCCACCCUUGAAGAUGUUUCCGAACUGGGUGCUUGAGAAUCGAUGGGAUCCGUACAGCACUGGCGUUACCUCAGCAUGGAUGAGACUGCAGGUUGCAAGCAGGCUCGGGAACAAAGGUCUAGGUCUAGACUGCUUGGGAAUAAUCGUAUGGGGGUGGGUGGCACGAAACCAAGACGGUUUUGGUCCCAUCUUGAGAUGGAUACUGAUGACUUCGUCACUUCGCAAGCAGAGCAUGUAGACUUCGUUGCGCAGCUCCGGUGACAAAUCGAGGAAGCCGGUCGGUGACGAGGAAGCCAGUGGGCUGACGAUGGCCAUUGACUUCGAGUCGCUGGAAUUGGCACUCGCAGUAUCGGUGGUGACUUUCUGAUUCAUCGUCUUCGUCUGUUCGGUGAGACCGCCGGAAGUCUUGUCCGGCUUUGCGUCGUGCGCUACUUCUGGUAUGUCCGUCAUGAUGGUGUGCGUGCCGGCGACGCUGUUGUCGUGGUGCGUGGUCAUGAAGUCGA